AUGGCGCUAGUGGAUUCACGGGCCGCCUUCGAGCAAAGAUGUCAGGAGAUUGACAGCUCGGGGGAUUUGUUCCGAGGAUUGGAUUCGCAGAACAUUAGGACUUUCUCCCAGCUUGCAUUUAUUUCCGGGACCCCGCAGCAGCCCAUGAAUCAGGAUGACUUUUCGCAACUCUCUGCACAGGUAUUCGGGGAGGGAGCCGAUCUUGGUGUCGCAGCCAAUCUACGCCGUUUGCAGUUUGAAGCGGCAACGUUGGUCGUUGCAGACCUCAAGUCCAAGGUUUCUUCCAGCUCCCAGCCCGAGGCCACGCAAUUACCGGCGGCCGAAAAGGCUGCGCGCAAGCGGGAUCAGCGGGCUCGACUCCGAGGCAUCCUGGCCAAGGGAGAGCUCGAGCCUUCCGACGCUUUGUUGGACCUUGCGGCGGGCAUCGUGGAAAGCAAUGUGGUUUUGUGGAUCAGUCCUGAGCGUUGUGGCAAGCGAGAAGAUGAGUUGUUGCAGCUCAACAAGAACAACAGACAGGUUUUGUCUGUUGAUGCUGACACAAUCAAACUGUCAUCUGCUAAGCCUGAGGUUAAGGCAGACGUUGGCACAGAACUUCGCUUGCAGUGGGCCCUGCAGAGGUUCGAUUCGGAGCCCAAGGCCGACACACCUGAAGGUGUCGAAGCUCCCUUUGAGAAGUCCGAAGAGGACACCCUUCUGCAGAAGCUCUCACAGGCAGUCACCAAAGUGGCACUGCAGGCAAUGGCUAUAGAUCACACCAUUUCCAAAGCAGCAAAGCAGCACAUUGUGAUCAUGGACCUCAGCAAGGAGCAUGGCAUUGCUGAGUUGCGUGAUUUCGGCGACUACCGCGCCGUGCUGUGCGCCGCGCAGAAUACCCAACCGCUGGACAAACAUUUGGAAUCGAUGCCCAAAGGAGCGCUUUUAUUAGCUGAACAUGGCUCUUUUGCAGAUGAUGCUGUGAUGGAGAAGAUUGUCCUGGGGGUGCCACGAAAGCCCGCCGAUUUCAUUCAAGCGGCGGUGCAGGCUGGACACCCGAGAAGUUUCGCAGUUACGUUGAAUGCUGUUUCGGAGGAGGCAGUCGUGGCAAACAGGGAUUGGCCGGUGACGGACUUGAUUAGGGCUCGCAUUGAUUUCUUGACGUACUGGAUGAAGAGGGCUCAAGAGCUCGAGCAUGCCGAAAAAACCCUUCACUUGUCUAUGCCGGAAUAUUUACAGCAAGUGUUGAGAGGCAAGCGAAUUUUGCUCAUGGGCGAGAUGCUGGAACGACUGGGCUUUGAGGACAAGUAUUUGCAGCAGGAUGUCUCAGAAGGGUUCAAAUUGACUGGUUGGUUGCGGGAAACCGGAUGCUUCCCCAAGAAAAUUCGGAAGCCCGCCAUGCCCGCGGCAGCGGUCAUGGCUAUGGCUAGUUCUGUCAAUCAACGAAUUGUCAAGCAGAUGGCUGAGACCUCCUUUAGUGAGACGGACGCCAAGGCCUGGGACGAGACGCUGGCGGAACUGGACCGUGGGUGGAUCUUCAGAGACGACGCCCCGGACCUCGGAAAAGUCCUGCUGGCUAAACGUUUUGGAUUGGCGCAGAAGGAGAAGACUAGGGUCAUUGAUGAUUUCUCGGUUGGAGGUUUGAAUUCCUUGGCUGGACUCAGGGAGAAACUGGCGGUUCAAUCCAUAGAUGAGAUCGCUGCUCACUUGGCUUUCGUCAUCGAUUCGAAAAGUAGCAGGUCCAUGGGCGGCGUCUUGGGAAAGACCUAUGAUCUCACCUCGGCUUACAAACAGUAUGGUGUUCAUCCCUCCGACAGGGACUUGGCCCGGAUCGCUGUCAAGACACCUUCGGGUGAAUUGGCUUUCUUCGGAACAAACGCUCUCCCAUUCGGUGCAGUGGGCAGCGUCGGCGGUUUCCUUCGUAUUUCGGCAGCUCUGACGUUUGCAGGCCUCAAGGGGCCCAAGCUAUGGUGGACGAGUUUCUAUGAUGACUUCACAGUUUUCUCGGAUGCACGUGCGUUGACCUCAGCUGCGGUGAGUGCUGAGGCGCUCUUCGACCUGUGGGGAGUGAAGUUCGCGAAAGAUGGCAAAAAAGCAGUGGACUUUUCGGCAACCGUGAAGUCAUUGGGAUUGCUGAUUGGUCUUGACACCAUUCUUGAAGGGCGCAUCCGCAUUAUGCACACUCCCGAGCGCAAAGCAGAGCUUGAAGAAGCGUUGAAGGGCAUCCUGGAAGCGGGAGAACUUACGUGCAAACAUUCGGAGCAGCUUCGAGGAGCGAGCGACAAGGCGGGUUCGAUCGGGGGCGUACUCGUGGUCUAUUACAUUGACAAUGAAGCUGCACGAACCGCGUUCAUUUGCGGGACAGGAUGGGGGGAGGCUGCGGCUUGCUAA